AAUUUAAGACGUCCCUGACUGUAUCACAAUACCUCCAAGCACCAUUAAUUAUAUGGAGCCAUUUAUUGUAUGUACCGUGCGUACUUGGAUAUUCUUUUCUAACGUAUGUUGAAUUGAAUAUAUCCGAGCACUGCUCUUGCUAGGGCUAGUAUUAGCACAUUCUCUCAGGUCGAGCUUCUUGAGUUCGUUAUGUCACGGCGUAGCUCCUAGGAUACCAGCGAAUAGGUAGAAAAAAAAACUAAUAUCUUAGUAUUCCCUCGUAAUUAUUAGUGGAGUGUCGUAUGACGAGCUCUAACGGAUAUGUACCACCACUGUAACUAUUAAUCAUUUAAAAAAUUGCAACAAUCAUUAUCACAAUACAAAAUUGAAACUUCAUAUUUCACGUUGCGUUGUGCCCCGACACCCAACAGCUUCGGUAAACACUUAAAACCGAGUUGGUCGUGAAUAAAUAAAUUAUUAAAAAUAAUUAAUAUUUAAACAAUGAAGUUAAAUAUGCAUGUACCGCUUCUGUUAUGUAUAUAAUUUCAGUUGCUAUAGAAACUAAGUAGCUCUGUAGUGUACACAGCGAAUAGGUAGGUACGCUAAAAAAGACAGUGUACCUACAUGUGUUAAUAUACAUGCUACUUUAUUUACGGACUAUGUACCUACAUUGAUAAACUUCGAGUGCCUUGCCUAGAUAAUCUCUACAUUAUUAAUAUUAUUGAGAUUUAUAGAUAAUGAGUGACGCAGAAAAAACAUGAAUGUAUUGUAACUUACCAAAUCUAUAAUACUGAAACGUUUGCGCGCGCAAGUUCGUCGCAUGUCUAUGUAAUCAUCAAUAUGAUUAGACGUUCUAAGACUACGUAUCUGUGUGAAAGGAAGGUGUGUAUUUGUGUUUAAAAACAUUAAUAUUUAUCGAAACAUUAAGACAUUUAUUAAAAAAGCGAAACAAUUUGUAAGUUAAAUUAAAAUGACUAUGGAGCUAGCAUGUGAACACUGCACACAAUGGCCUUACAAACAAAAUUAAUAAUAAGAUUAAAAUAUAAAUAAAGUGAUUACUUGAAAGCAAAUGGCCGAAUGCUGCAUUAUAACAAACUCAUCACCUCGACUACAAAGAAGAUUAAAUGGUUUUCAACUACCACUGAAUUAUCUGCAAGUUCUUGGGUGGAUUGCUCUCAUUGGAACUGCUCUAAUAAAUUUUAUAUUUUUGAUACAAAUACAGUUCAAUGAAUUAAGAAUGAUAUCCCUGAUUGUGUACACAGUGCUGUACGUGUCACAUACUAUCGCUCACGUUACUGCAUCCAUGCUAGAUCCAAGUGAAACCGAAUUGAGAAAGAUGGAAAUAAAUAUUAUUCCGGAAUUCGAUCGAACUAUUCACGCGCAUGUCAUUGAGAAUGGAAGAUGUCAUUUAUGCAACAUACAAGCAACAAGUAGAUAUACUAAACACUGUAGUAUUUGCAAUAAAUGUGUGGAUCAAUUUGAUCAUCACUGCAAGUGGUUGAACAACUGCAUUGGAAACAGGAACUACUUACCGUUCAUUGCAUCUGUUAUUACAGCUUUGAUGAUAUCUGCGUUUACGGCUGCAUUGUGUCUUACAGACAUUGUUUUGUUUUUAACUAAUCCGUAUAAAUUAAGUACUGGCCAUUAUAAUUAUAUCAAUUGUACUAUAAGCAAAGAGUCGUACUCUGAAUUUUGUAAAAUAUCUAUGCCAUUGUUAGCAUUUUUAGUGUUAUUCUUUAUAAUAGCUAUUGGGAUAUCAUGUGCCUUGUUACAUUUAUGCUGUUUUCACGUUUACAUCUCAUAUUUGGGAGUUUCCACUUAUGAAUAUGUUAUGAAAAGUGGCACAUCAGAAGCAAUACGCUGUCAAUGUUUCAUUUGUAAGUGUCGCAGAAUAAGUUUACCGAAAAUGUAUAUUAAAGACAACACGAAACCCGAUGAUGAAGUUGUUGAUAAACACGACAAACCAGAAUUAAUAGACGGAUUAUACGACAGCGAAACUCGAAAUGGCAGUAAUCUAAUUGUUUUGGUAAAUAACCAAUUGGAUAGAGCAAGAAAUUGGUUUGUAUUCGACAGGAAUAAAGUACAUCCGCACAAUGUUGAUAGUGACAGAUAAUGCUUCUAUUUUUAUACAAGCUUUAUAAACAAUAAAAUAAGUAUACACCAUC